AUUUGUCAAUGUGACAAAAUUGGCGGGAUAGUAGGCAGCGUCGAUUCUCGAUGUUGUAAAUAAUGGUUGAUUGAAUUAUGGCUGGACCAAAGUUCUAUAUUUACGGUGGAUGCCGUUGGCGAGAAGUGUGUACGACUUCCGGGCGAGUGGACGGCUGGGGUAAUGUGCAGUUCUUGACUGUUCGAAGCGGUCGUCUCCAAGUGGCGCGAAAAAAUACUGUGUUGCGUGGCUUGAGAGCCCUGGCAGCUAGUAAACCCACUUCUGUGCACGAUGGCCUACCCCUUUCACAAAUUAGACAUAACAAUUCUAUUGAGGAAAAGAAGGAACACAAUUGUUCCCAGUAUCAGCAUCAUCACUGUUGUUGUAAGCAACAGGACCUAAGUUUAAAGUCUGAUGUCAUCUUCAAUAACAUAUUUAAAGCUGCAUCUACCUGCUCCGCGGCGGUGCAGUGCAGCCUCGAAGUAAGCACGUCUACUCCAAAUUUAAGUAAAUCCAUCACUGGACCGAGCAAAACUUCAGAAGCGAGAACCAAAAAUGGAGUGAAAAGAUUAUUAUCCAAGCGUAAAAGAUCUACAAGUGAAGAUGAGGGCGAAGAAAGAAACAAAAACGGUAAAACAAUUGAACGUAGAAACGAAAUUGACAAGGAAUUGGAUUUAUCGUUACUGGAAAGGAGACAGGCACGUAAUCUGAACAAUAACAAAUAUGACAAAAGACAAACACAUAGACAACAGAUCUCUUCUAGUGAAGACGACGGACUUAAAGCAGUGAUACGAAAGAAUCUACCACGACGUGGAAAUCACCAAAGUCCUGUGAAAUCCAGGAAUGUUUCAAAAGCACCAAAUGGCACAAGGGAAUCACUUACGUCGAAUACUAUUAAUAAAAAGCGGAAAAAAAUCCUAAAUAAUAUACACUCCUCAAGUGACGAGAGCAGUGAAAUACAAUCUAAACCGGCUAUCCAGGCGUCACGGAGCAUCGAUGAAUUUUGGAAUACGUUGUUCAAAACUAAACCUACAAGACGAUCAAAACGCAAGCUAUCGACCAGUGACGAUGACACUUAUCAAGAAGAAAGAAAAGCCAGAGAGACUUCAAAGAAAAUCGUUGAAAGUGAUCAAGAAUCGAGACGAAAGCACACACAGGAGAUAGAGACUGGUGACCUAAUGUGCAAGGAAUUGAUGAUCGGGGAGGAUGACGUCCAGCUCCUGCGCAGCUUCAUAGAGAAAGACAAGGCUAACAUAUUCGGAGUCGACUUGGAGUUAUUCGAUACAGACGAUGAAUAUAAAAGGAAAAUAUUCUACAAAAUCAAUCCACUGGUCAACGUCGCGAGGUGUAAGCGCAUAGCGGCCAUGCUGAGAGACGGGCGCAGUCAGUCCGACGCCGUCUCCUUGGAGGACUUCAUAUCGACGCUCGGGCUCCGCAGCGUGCUCGACGUCCCCUCGCAAACCGGCAGCAAAUACAAGAUGCGAGCGCGACGGAACCCAAGUAACGGUGGACCGGAUAAGGAGAAUCAUAGAACGACUAAACAUAAUCCGAACACUUCCACUAGCAGCUCAAAGAGCAAAGUCUUAGUCGAAAGGCUACGAGACAGUGCCAAUAAGAAGAAUAAAAUAAUUAGUAAGAAGAAAAGCAAGGUGGUGGGCCUGAUUGGGAAGAUGACUUCGAAGCCGACGAGGUCGCGCGAGGAACAGGAUGAGGUGGUCUUGUUGAGCAGUGAUAGUGACAGUGACAGUGUCUUCGAGAGUAAACGGGAGAGUGCUUUCGAGAAGAGUAAGCGCGUGACGUCAGAAGUGCGGCGACCGGACGCAGCGGCUGCGCUGAAGCGAGAUAACAAGAAAGAAGGGAAGGCAAGUGGAACAGGGAGUAGGAAGGCGAAUGGACCAGCUUCUGGAAGAGGGAGUGGUCGGGUGAGCGGCAAGGCUGGUGGUCGGGAGUACACCCGGGCGGAAGACGAAGCGAUAGUGGCCUGGGUGCGCGGAGCGGAGCGUGCAAGGCGCGUCAACGGCAACCAGCUGUGGAUAGAACUGCAGCCCCUGCAUCAGCAAAAGACAGGAAACUUCCGCUCGUGGCACUCGCUGCGCAACCGCUACCUGCGCUACGUGCUGCCCGCGCUGGGCGCGCUGGCGCUGCCGCCGCCCGAGGCCGCGCGCCUGCGCGCCGCCGCCGCCGCCGGCGAGUUGAAGUCGCGCAAGAAGCCGCAGCGCCGCAACUCGCUGCUGACGGAGCCGCGCGUGCGCAGCGCGUGGUCGCGCCGGCCCCGCCCCCCGACCCGUGAGUCCCCCUCCCGCUCCCGCUCCGUGUCCCCCGCCCGCUCGCCGACACCCGCUCCCUCUUCGUCGCCCUCACCCCCCGUUCGCGCCGAUUCCUCCCACUAUUCCUCGCGUAGAAGCAGCGGCUCCUCCGCGACGGCGGAAGGGAGUACUCCGAUAGACAGGCGACGCUCGCUGAGAAAUUCAUCCGCCAAGAAAGAAGAGAGAAGAGAAGAGAAGCCGCCCGCAAGGAAGCUGCGCUCCAGCGCGCCCGCGUCGCCGCCGCCCCGCACGCCCACGUACUCGCAGCUCACGCAGCGCUUCGCCGACGCGCGCCCUCCCAGCACCGCGCGCCCCCCGCGCCCCUCGCGCCCCUCGCGCCCCCCGCCGCCCUCGCCGCCCCCGCCGCCCGCCUCCCCCGCGCGCCCGCGCACGCGCCGCCUCUACAACCCCCACGCCACAUGACAUCCGACUCUACUGAAAAUACAAUAUUACGUGCAAGACUGUCUGCGGUGAAAUUACUCGAAUAUGUUAAAAAGCGAGAUAAUUAUUUAUUUUUUAUAACGAUGAGCAUCUGGAUGUAAGCGUUCACCAUCGCAGUCUUUACGCAGACAUUGGAACUAAAAUCUCCCCCGUGCUUGUAAGUACACUGGCUCACUCACCAUUCGAACCUGAUGAUUGUAUUUGACGUAGUGGUCAAAGAUUGUGCUAAGGUGGUGUUGAAUCGACGAUCACGGAAUAUUUAGUUAAAAUAAACUAAGUUAUAAAUAUAUGUGUGAUCCCAUUGCUAUGUAUAAAUGUUGUACAUAAACCAUAUAAUAUAAUAAUAAUGAAUGGGUGGUACCAUGACCUUGCACACAUAUCUACCACUUUACGACCAGUGUAGUGUCGUUUCUCAGUAUAUCGCACCCCGCGGUGCGAGAUCGUCACGAGAAGCAUUUAAAACUGACUUUCUCCGUCGCCGUGAUUCGCGCCAAAACCAUAAUGACAGUCACGCCCUCUUACGGAAGCUAUGUGAACUACAGAAGUAAGGUGAUUGCACCAAGUAAAGGGUUGCUUCAGGACGAUUAUAACGCAUUUAAUUUUUUUUUUUCAAUUUUUGCAAGUUACGGUCCCGCACCGGGAGUGCGUUAUAUAAAACUUUAACAUCAUAUAAAGUAUGUAGAAGUGUUGAAUAGUUUUCAUGAUUAUUUUAUUUAUUUAUUAUGUCGACUGUACAUAUUUCUUGUUUGUUUUCUCUUCUAUCUUAAUAGCUACUUUAAUGUUUAGUAAUUCCCGCCCGCGACUGCGCUCGCGUUUGAGUGGGAACAAGUGUCCUAAAUUUCAUAAUGUUAUAUUGAGUUAAGAAAUGCAAGCUGAGCUCAAUGCCGCAUUUAUUAUGUAAGGUUAUUAAUAGUUUAAGCGUGACGUUGAAUAGCCCACAAAUUUCUUCAACAAAUGGGCUAUUCAAUGUAAAGUUAUUUUUCAAAUCCGACUAAUAGUUCUUGAGAUUAACGCAAUCAAACAAACAAAAUCUUCAGCCUUAUCGUACUGUAGAUUUCGUGUGACGUUUCGUUAUUAUUAUUUCAAAAUUAAAUAUAUUGACAAGUUACACUAUGUUUUGUCUUCGAUCAAAUGAGUAGUUACAGAUGUUAGAAAGAGACAUCCA